ACAUUUCGUUGGUACUCCUCAGUGAUGCGAAUGCAUCGUGGUCACAAAUAGUUCUUUCAAAAAAGUCAAGAUGUCGAAGAGAGGACGUGGUGGCUCGGCUGGAGCCAAAUUCAGGAUAUCCCUCGGUCUACCGGUAGGUGCGGUGAUUAAUUGCGCAGACAAUACCGGUGCCAAAAACCUGUAUGUCAUUGCAGUACAAGGUAUCAAGGGCAGGCUGAACCGCCUGCCAGCAGCUGGUUCUGGCGACAUGAUCGUAGCAACUGUGAAGAAGGGAAAGCCUGAGCUCAGGAAAAAAGUGAUGCCUGCGGUGGUGAUACGACAGCGGAAACCCUUUCGUAGGAAGGAUGGGGUAUUUAUAUAUUUUGAAGACAACGCCGGUGUUAUAGUCAACAACAAGGGCGAGAUGAAGGGAUCAGCUAUUACGGGACCUGUUGCGAAGGAAUGUGCAGACUUGUGGCCGAGGAUUGCGUCAAACGCAAGCAGCAUAGCAUAAUCCAUUCUGUAUUAUUCCUUUUGUCCCUUAAGAAAUAAAUCUGACUUCUUAUUCAGAACACA